CAUCUGUGUGUCUUCUCAUGUCUUCUCUUGCAGAUAAGAAGUUUCCACCUCUUCACCACAGUAUAAGUAGCAGUAUUUCAUUCAGGUGACAUUCAAGUGAACAGGUGAACAGAUGAGGAUGAUGCUGCUGCUUGUCUUCAGCAUCGGGCUGAACUUGGCUUCAGCUGCAAAACUGGGUGUCGUGCAGACGGAGGGGGGGCAGGUGGAGGGAAAGAGCCACAACAUGGGCCUCUUCAGAAGUGUUGAUGUCUUUAAGGGAAUCCCCUUCGCUGAUGUCCCUGGAAAGUGGGAAAAACCAAAACCUCACCCUGGAUGGAGUGGAAUCCUGAAGGCCACAAAAUAUCGGGAUCGCUGCCUGCAGGUGACGCUGCUGCAGACAAAAACCCAAGGCAGUGAAGACUGUCUCUACCUUAACAUCUUUGUUCCACAAAGAGGAUCAUUGUCAAAGAGCCUCCCUGUGAUGGUGUACCUGUAUGGUGGUGCCUUCCUGUUGGGCGCGUCAAACGAUGUGGAGUUCCUCGGAGACGCACUUUAUGACGGGAAAGAAAUGGCUGACAGAGGCGGGGUCAUUAUUGUCACAGUGAACUACAGAGUUGGUACAAUGGGUUUUCUUAGCACCGGAGACUCCCGACUACCAGGUAACUAUGGUCUGUGGGAUCAACAUGCUGCCAUUGCCUGGGUCCACAGGAACAUUAAAGCAUUCGGGGGAAACCCAUACAACAUGACCAUCUUUGGCCAAUCAGCUGGAGCUGUCAGCGUCAGCUUCCAGAUGCUGUCCCCCUACAAUAAAGGCUUGUUCCGCAGAGCAAUCACACAGUCUGGUGUGUCCCUCUGUCCCUGGGGCCUUCAGCAGAACCCCAUCUCCCUCACAAAAAAGAUUGCCCGUAAAGUUGGCUGUUUGAGGGCCAACGUGGACGACAUGGUGACCUGCCUGAAGAUGAGUGACCCAGUUGGUUUAACCAUGGCGGGAAAAAUAGAUGUCUUCUUGAUUCUGGGAAAAGGCGUGGUCAUGGACCUACUGGAACUCGCUCCAGUGGUUGAUGGUGACUUUAUCCCAGAUGAGCCCAGACAUCUCUUCCACAACGCCGCUCAAUUUGAUUACAUGGCUGGAGUCAACAGCAUGGACGGCCAUUUUUUUGCUGGAGUUGACGUUCCCUCAAUCAACAAAAGAAAUGCCACCACUGUGGAUGAAGUAAAGGGUCUCCUGGCUGGGCUAACCAAAAAGAAGGGGACUGCUGCCAUUGACUCAGCCUACAGUGUGUAUUCAUCUCUCUGGGGGCCAUUUCCAGACCCAGCUCUGGUGAAGAAAACAGUGGCUGACAUCGAGACUGACUUCCUUUUCCUGGUCCCGACACAGAUUGCCCUCCAACUGCAUGCCAACAACUCCACUGGUGCCCGUACCUUCUCCUACCUCUUCAAUAUGGAGACACGAAUCCCAGGAUUCCCUCGCUGGGUGGGUGCAGAGCACGCUGAGGAACUGCAGUACCUGUUUGGUAAACCCUUCUCCAUCCCGCUGAUCUACUUUCCACGACAUCGAGACCUGGCUGGUUACAUGAUUGCAUACUGGACCAACUUUGCCAAGACUGGUGAUCCCAGUAAAGGUGAUAAUAAAGUCCCAGUGCCUUGGCCUGAAUUUACCAAAUACCACCACCCCCACCUGACCAUUGACCACAAGAUGAGCAAAUACUCUGUCAGCUACGACCUGAGAUCAAACUAUGUCGACUACUGGACACAGACUUACUGCAGCCUGCCAACCAUAAGAGAAGAAGACAAGGGAGGAAACUGUUGAUGCCACUGUUAUUUUAGCUGUUAAUUACAAAUGUAUGGAGGAUUUUUACUUGAUAAAUUGUAUGAUUCAAAAAUGAAAAUAAUGAUAAAAUAAUAAUAAACCAUC